AUGGGAUCUUCAAACAGGCACUGGCCAAGCAUGUUCAAAUCGAAACCCACCUGCAAUUCAACUCUCAAUCACCAUCAAUGGCAGCACGAACUUAACCCUUCUCUCAUCUCACACACUACUUGCAGAGGGCCGGGAUGCGAAGAUCGGACUCCGGAGCCAAAACCCAGAUGGAACCCUAGGCCGGAACAAAUCCGAAUACUCGAAACCAUCUUCAACUCCGGCAUGGUAAACCCUCCAAGAGACGAGAUCAGAAAAAUUAGGGUUCAGCUUCAAGAAUACGGCCAGGUGGGAGACGCUAACGUCUUCUACUGGUUCCAAAACCGAAAAUCCCGGAGCAAGCACAAGCUCCGCCACCUCCAUCCGGCCGCCGCCGGAAAACCCCGCCCGCCGCCGCCGCCGCCGGCGGCGGCGGCUGCCAACUCCUCCUCGUCCUCCUCCGGUAAGUCGUCUUCCCCCAACAGCUCCAUCGAGAAGACCCUCUCCGCCGGAACCGCCACGCCGACGGCGGCGGCCGCGGCCGCGGCCGCCGUGGUGGACUACCUGAACUCGCCGACGGCCUCGGUGAACCAGCGGGCUUUCGGUCAGGCGGCGCCGAGCGAGUUCCUGCCGGAGAACUUCGUCUUUCCGGCGGUGGGUUUCUGUUUUCCCGGCGGCGCGGGAGUCUCCGGCGGGAUGGCGGAUCAGGGUUCCGGCGGGGGGUGUCAGAAUUUGUUGCUGAGUGAGCUGAUGCUGAUGAGCGGCUGCCCGUCGAAGGUUAGAGAUGACGAGGAUGAGCAUGAGAAGAUGAGGAUGGAGCAGCAGUUUGGUUACGGUGGACCUGCUGUACAGAAUCUGGCUCACCACUUUCUUCCUCCGUCUAUCUACACUCCUCACUAUCAAAUUGUUCAAGGUGUGGAUGGUGAAUCGGGUUCGUGCGUGGGCCCCACAAAGUCCACGGUGUUCAUUAACGAUGUCUGCUUCGAGGUGGGCUCAGGCCCAUUUAACGUUAGGGAAUCGUUUGGCGAUGAUGCGGUGCUUAUACACUCGUCCGGUCAACCCGUGUUGACCAAUGAUUGGGGGAUCACAAUCUAUCCACUGCAGCACGGCGCGUUUUAUUAUCUUCUCCGACCCAACUUCACGCCUUUGCCCGAUGACGUGAGGACAAUCGAGUUGAUUUAGAAGAAUUUGGGAAGAUGAGUAGGACUACUUUUUCUAGUUUUUGUUCAACUUUUGUUAAGCUUUUAGUGUUUUAAUGUUAUUAUAUUGCCCCUGGCAAUUGUAAUGGAUGUUUGGAUCAAAUCUCUACUUUUUAUCCUUUGGAAACUUCUAGAUUUUAGUAGGGCUGAGGGAUGUGAUGAUGUUUGAUGUUAUUAUAAAUAUGAACAUUUAUGUUGUGGAAGAAAGGUUUGUG